GUUAUGAAAAGAGAAACCAAGCCCAGAUCAAAAGCAAAGUGAUUCGUAUACAGUUCUUCUUUUGCUGUAAAUUGUUCGGAGAGUCGUGUCUUCAAAAUUUCGAGAUUUAAAAUCAAUCGCGAUACGAGCUUGAUUUGGAAUUCGUGUAUAACAGCGAUUUGGAAGAUCCGAAAUCUCAUCACUUGGUUUAAAUCAGUGUCAGUAUUCAGCGAUUUGGAAGAUCCGAAAUCUCAUCACUUGGUUUAAAUCAGUAUACAUACGUCAACAUGGAAAAUGCACUGCCAGAAAAAAAAUUUCUAGAGAGAAACUCGCCGCUCACCGAUCUCUUUAAGAUCACGCACAUUCGCACGGUUUAUAAUCUAUUCAUGAUGACUUUUAUAUUUUUUUUUCUCCACACCGCAGUAAAUGACAUCAUGGAAUCUGGAACGCUACUCCUGGGGACUGUUACGAUACGGAAAAGUUUCGUAAAUUUACCAACUAGCCUUUAUAUUUGGUCGCUCAUGAAAAUGUCGACGCUCAGUGUCUACGUUGGUUUCAAUUUCUGGUGUUACUCACGACUACAAUGCUCACCAAAAUCUUUUAUUGCCCGAAAACUAUGGGAUUACGGUUGGCUGACAAUCUUCAUAAUGUAUCAAGUUAUGUUUGUAAUUUUUCCCCACAAAGCAAACGAAGGAAAUCUAGGCAUAGCUUGCAAUACAUUCAUAUUUGCGGAACAAUUACGCCUGCUCAUGAAAACUCAUGCUUUUGUUAGGAGCAUGGCACCCAGAUUUUUGUCAUACAAACCCCAUAGCGAUAUUCCGCCACCAAGUGCACCUCUAUUUUCGCAAUACUUGUACUUCCUGUUCGCGCCUACUUUGAUAUACCGCGAUGAAUAUCCGAGGACGAAAAAAAUCAGGUGGAAUUUGGUGAUUCGAAAUUUCGCCGAGGUCGGCUUAGUGAUCUUCUAUUACGCCUUCUUACUGGAGCGUUUCAUCGUGCCGGUCUUUCGUAAUUUUGGUACACAGUCUCUGGAACUGAUGUGGUACGUCAAGAUUAUCAUCGACAUGAGCAUUCCCGGGUUCCUCUCUUUGAUGUGCUCAAACUAUUUUCUGCUGCACGCGUGGAUGAACGCCUGGGCGGAGAUGCUGCGAUUCGCCGACCGGUUGUUUUAUAAGGACUGGUGGAACUCCACAUCCUAUCGCAUGUUUUAUCGUACGUGGAACGUGGUGGUCCAAGACUGGCUCCACACGUACGUCUACAAGGACAUGUACGAGAUCGUGGUGCCGCGCAAUAAGUCGCUGGCGACUUUCACCGUGUUCUUCAUGUCCGUCAUCUGUCACGAGUACCUCUUUACCUUUAUGUUCGGCUUCAUUUAUCCUGUAAUGUCGAUUAUGUUCGGUGGCGUAGGCUCAAUUAUGUUUUUCUGUAACACCAAUAACAUCAGCAUGUGGAUGAGCUUCUGCAUCGGCCAAAGCAUCAUAAUCAGUUUGUCCGCGAUAGAAUAUUAUGCCCGUUCUAACUGUCCACCCUAUUCCGAUUAUUAUGCGAAUUUACUCUUACCGCGAAGUUGGAACUGUCAAAGAUAAUUUACCGUGUAAGGUGUUCGCUUUUUGGUGGUAAACUCUUUUCGCGGGAUAAUUUAUUUACCGUUUCAAAGAACCUAUUAGCGGAGAAUUUAUCUUAAAGUAUAAAGUGAUGGAGAAUUGCUAUUAAACAUAUGUUAUAAUAUGAUUAAUUGAUUAUUAUGUUAAUUAUUAUAAUAUAAUAUAUAUAUAAUUAUUGAUUUUGGUAAAUUUAAUAAAUU